CGCUGGAUACUGGGAGAGCCGGAAGUGGAGCCGCGGAGUGAGACAGCUUCAGAUCCCAGUGAACGGUGCCGUGUUUCUGCCUCAGAGCUCGGGCUGUGAACGGGAGCUACAUCCACCGACCGGGAACACAGACAUCCAUUGAGAGUGCGGUCGGAGCGGUACGGUGCACGCGAGCAGUAAGAAUGUGGAAGGCAGCAGCAGGACAGUCGGUCAGUGUGGCUGUGAAUGACGAAGGGGACGACUGGGAGACUGACCCCGACUUUGAGAAUGACGUGUCGGAGAAGGAGCAGCGCUGGGGGGCCAAGACGGUGUCGGGCUCUGGACAUCAGGAGCACAUAGAUAUCCACCGGCUGCGUGAGACCGUGUCCACAGAGCACACCAGCCUGAAGCAGAAGGAGCUGGAGACCAUGCCCAAAGCCUCGCAUGGAUAUGGAGGGAAAUUUGGAGUGCAGCAGGACCGCAUGGACAAGUCUGCUGUGGGUCACGACUACCAGAGCAAGUUGUCCAAGCACUGUUCCCAGACGGACACCUCCAAGGGCUUUGGAGGGAAGUUUGGAGUGCAGGCUGACCGCGUCGACCAGUCAGCUGUUGGGUUCGAGUAUGCUGGGAAGACGGAGAAACACGCUUCGCAGAGAGACUACACCACUGGGUUUGGGGGGCGAUACGGAGUGCAGGCAGAUCGUGUCGACCAGAGCGCAAUGGGCUUCGAUUACCAGGGCAAAACCGAGAAACACGAGUCCCAGAAAGAUUAUGCCAAGGGCUUUGGCGGAAAGUUUGGCGUUGAGACCGACAAGGUGGACAAGAGCGCUGUGGGCUUCGAGUACCAGGGCAAAACGGAGAGGCACGAGUCACAGAAAGACUAUGUGAAAGGCUUCGGGGGAAAGUUUGGUGUGCAGACGGACAGACAGGAUAAAUCUGCACUGGGAUGGGACCACCAGGAGAAACUACAGCUCCACGAGUCCCAGAAAGACUAUAAGCGUGGGUUUGGAGGGCGGUAUGGGGUAGAGGUGGAGAAGCAGGACCAGUGUGCCCUGGGCUAUGAGCACAAGGAGAGCCUGGCCAAGCACGAGUCCCAGAAAGAUUAUUCGAAAGGAUUUGGAGGGAAGUUUGGAGUCCAGAAUGACCGUAUGGAUAAGAGCGCCGGGACUUUCGAUGAGGUGGAGAAGCCGAGCCCGUCUUACCAGAAAACCAAACCUGUGGAGGCCGCCGGCAGCAGCACGGGGAGCAUCAAGGCCCGCUUCGAGAACAUCGCCAAGCAGACGGAGGAGGAGGACAGGAAGAGGGCCGAGGAGGAGCGGGUGCGUCGGCAGGCCAAGGAGAAGCAGGAGCAAGAGGAGGCGCGUCGUAAAAUCGAAGCCACGCCCAAGGCCCCCUCCCCCGUCCCUGCUGCGGGUCCCAGCCCCACCCCCAGCCCCGCCCCCAGCCCGACUCCACCGGUCCAGCCAGCUGCUGCCCCGACAUACGAGAACACAGAGGAACCGACCUACGAAACUGCCGAGGAGAACGGAGAGCAGCUGUACGCGGCGGAGCCACAGAACCAGUACGCACAGCCGGAGGACCAGGAGCUGUACCAGACCCCCGAGGAGGCUGCGACAGGAGACGGCCAGCAGUACGAGUACGGCGAGGACCUCGGGGUGACGGCGGUGGCCCUGUACGACUACCAAGCAGCCGGCGACGACGAGAUAUCCUUCGACCCCGACGACAUCAUCACCAACAUCGAGAUGAUCGACGAGGGCUGGUGGCGAGGCGUGUGCAGAGGCGCCUACGGCCUGUUCCCGGCCAACUACGUGGAGGUUCGGCAAUGAUGACGCCCCCCGAGACCCGUGUCCCCGUCCCAGUGCAAAAAAACAAAAAAAACAAAAAAAAAGAGAGGGAGACAAUUUAAAAUCCUGUUUCUUUUUCACACUUCGGUCUUCGUUCUCUCUUCACCUCAUCUUACCGCUUCGACAUCCUCAGGUCUGCUGGCUGGCUUUUCCCUUUGCUCCCUUCUUCCAUCCCCCCUCCACCCAGAUUCACCCGUUUCCUUCCGUGCAGCAGAAGACAGGGAGGGAGGAGUCGUUCUCCUCAGAGAGCUCGUUACACUUUAAAGCUGCAGAAUGCGUCUGGCUGUGAGCGGGAGCUGCACGUAGAGUUCAGCUUCACACGCGUUAGAGUCUCACCAAAGACCAGAGUGACGAUGUACGCGUCCUGCUCGGGGGUGGUGGGGGGGGUUCAGGCUGCUCUCUGCUUCAGUAGCUCAACCUUAAUGUAAGCAGGAGCCGUUGAUCGCUGUGUUACCGUCCUGCACAUCCAGUCUGGACCAGAAAGCUGAUUUAACCCCUUCUGCUUCUUGGUCUGAACAUAAAGCUCGCUGUGUUGCACAGGAGUGUGUGUCGCCCCCCCUCCGAUUCAAGCUGCACUUUGGAAACUUUCGAGCUUCGUGUCGUACGAAUACGUUCUCCUUUUUCCGAUCAGUCGCAGGGUUGACUAUAAACGAUCAAUACUCACAGAGAAACGGGGCCAUAGUGUUGCACUACAGCUCAUAGUAUUAUUUUAAUCCUCUUUAACUGUCGCUCGGAAUCAUGUACAGAGAGAUCAUACGAUAGAGAGAUCAUACGAUAGAGAGAUCAUACGAUAGAGAGAUCAUACGAUAGAGAGAUCAUACGGUUGAGAAAUGAUAGAAAACGUAUUUUUGUUGCGUCACUGUGGGGUUUUUUUCGGGUGUGGACGAGACGUUUGUGUUCGUGUCUUGCUGAAUGCUCGUGGUGGGGUGGGGGGGGUUCUGUCAGAAUACGUCGGUACGCACACGCUAACAUCUCUCAUGACCAAACGACGCACGCUGACCUUCUGGAACCCCGCCAUUAAGGGGCGGGGCUUUGGUGGAUCCGACAAACACUAAUUAUUUCCUGACGGACGAGCAGCUCGUCUGUGGAUCGCAGUAGUGUAGCUGAAACAGGUGUGUGUGUGAGUGUGUGUGUGUGAGAGUGUGAGAGGGCUUUCAUUAAAUUCAUCUUUGGGGUUUUAUAAUAAAAGUGACCUUUUCAAAUGCAUUAUUUUUAUCUGUACUUCUGUUUGCUCGAGUCACAUCAUUACCUGCUUGUUCUCUUUUUUUUUUUAGUUUCAAUAAAUAAACUAUAAUGAUGA